CAAAAUUCAUACCCACCAUCCAUCACCACCAUCAUGAAAACAAGUUGGUAUUGGAAUGGCUAAGGUUAGGCUGGAAUGUAAUUUUUCAUUGAAAAAGUUAUAUUCUUACUAGAUUGAAGCGUUAUAAUUCUGAAGUAAUAUCUAUAUAUAUAUAUAUUCCUCAAUUAUUGUUAUCGAUGUAACUGAAUAUCAAUUCUGGUUCUGUAUGUAAUAAUGGAUGAAAAAAAACAUGAUUGCGAUUCGGUAGCAGUAAAAACUGAACCUUCUAGUUCUGAACAAAUCAAAAACAAUGAAGAACCUCACGAAUUCCACAGAAGGAAUGGUCAUGAAGGAAACCAUGAGACACAACUCCAGUUGUUAUCAGACACUGCCCUUCGAGGUGUUUCAUUUGAAACUCUCGGUCAGAUGAUGGUUCAACAAGGCUGUUCUCAGCUAGGCAUCCAGCCUCCUGCCGGAUAUCACCAAGCUGAUUAUGCAGAGCCGGUUUGCGAGAUCGGAGCAUUCAACAAUGGCGCAAGUGCUAGUGCCAGUGUUCCACCCCCAACAGCUAACCCUACAGAUAACAAACAAGCAAUGCAUCAAAAUAUUAUUGUCUACGCGAAUGACGAACCAAGCAUGCAUGAGGUGCCCUGCAAUCUCUGCAACGUUACUUUCAGUAAUACGUUUGCUUUGUUAAACCACACACGUAUAUCACAUCGAGUAUUGAAAUGUGAUGAUACAUACCAGAAUAUGAUAAGUGUUAGAGCUUCAAGUAUUUGCCGUGAGUUUAAUGAGGCUAAAACAGGUGCGGUAAGCUCAGCAAAUACCAGAGAUGUGCCAUCAACCGUCGACGAAAGUGCAGUGAAGGCCAUGACUAGUCCACAAAUGAUUACUCAUGGAGUUCUCCAUCCAAUCAAUCACCAUCAAAACACCAACACUCUGCAUCAUCAUCAUCAUCAUCAUCAUCAACAACAACAACAACAACAACAACAACAGCAGGUACCACAGCAGCAGCAGCAGCAACAGCAAUCAAGUCCUCUUCAAGUACCACGUAAUAAUGUUCAUCAAAACCAGUCACAGACAUCACAACCUGUUGAAAUUUCCACCACUGUUGCUUCGAUUGUAUCAUCUCUAGCCGCAACUAAUCAACCAGCAAACUCAACAAACAAGUAUGGUGUGAGAAUGUGCGAUAAAAGCCAGAAUACUGUGUCCGUGGCUAGUGUAAUAGCAUGCAGCCAUGUGUGUACGGUCUGUAAUAAAGCAUUCAACAAACCCUCAGACUUAGUUCGACAUAGUAUUGUGCACACAGAAGAACGUCCUUUUACUUGCGACAUUUGCAGUUCAAGUUUCAGAAACUCUAGCAAUCUUAGAAUGCAUCUACUGACCCAUUCUGAUACAAAGCCUCACCCAUGCACAGUUUGUGAAAAAUCAUUCCGUCGGCUCUCAGAUUUGGAGCGGCAUACUUGUUUACAUACGGGGGCACGGCCGUUUGGCUGUACAAUUUGUGGCAUGGCAUUCACAACGAACUAUAACCUUAAGAUACAUUCAAUGAAGCACACUGGGUCAUUACCAUACCCAUGCACUCAGUGUGACAAGUCGUUCAGUAAGCCUUCAGAACUGCAGCGUCAUCUAGUGAUUCAUACUGGAGAAAGGCCGUUCUCUUGUCCGCAGUGUGGAAUGGCCUUUUCCAAUUCGAGUAACUUGAGAAAUCACAUGAUCACUCACACAGGUCGCAGGCCGUACCCUUGCUCUAUGUGUGACAAGGCUUUUACUCGCCCAUCUGAUGUAAAACGACAUGUGUUGAUACACACAGGUGCUCGUCCUUUUGCAUGCCAAAUUUGUGGACUAGCUUUUGCAGAUUCAUCAAAUCUCAAAAAGCAUACAUUAACCCAUACAAAGAACAAUAAAGGCUUCAAUCAGGGUGUGCCAUCGAACAAUGUUCCAGCUGUUGGAGUUCAGUGUAAUAUAUGUAGUGUGGUGCUGCAGAAUCUGAAUGAAUUGAACAAUCAUCUAAUAGCGGCACACAGUAAUGCUGGAUCAGAUAUAGUGUCGAACAACCGAGGUGGUGGCAAUAACAGUGGUACAAAAGAGACUGAUGGAAGUGGCACGUACCAAGUUGUUGUAAAGACGCUGAUGAAGCCGAUGCAGUAUGAGUGUGCUGUGUGUGGAGUGCGCUUCGUGCAUGCCAUUCACUUACAGGAACACUCCUUGACUCACGAUCGUGAACACUCAUUUCAGUGUGAAAUAUGUGACAAAAGUUUUGCGCAAGAGACAUUUCUUCAGCAACAUCUUCUGACACACACCGAAGCGCGGCCUUUCGAAUGUCCGGAAUGCUACAAAUGCUUCAAGAGUUCUUCGCACCUCAAAAAUCACGUGGCCAUCCAUUCAGGUGUGAAACCGUACACUUGUGAAACUUGCAACAAAUCUUUUCUGAAACAGGCUUCGUUGCGGCGUCACCAGGCGACGCACGCGCGCGGCAAUCGUAUUCCUUGUGCCGUUUGUGGAAAGACCUUCCUGAACAUGGAAUAUCUCCGAAAACAUACUGUCACUCAUACAAACGUCGUAGUAACUCAAUGAUUGUAAGCAAUGUCUUCUUUGCAAUUGGACUGUACAUACAUUCAAGCCAAAAUAUUUCUUUCAUGAGAAUCCAUCUUCUUUUUCUCUUGUCAUAUCGUUAUAUAAAAUUCUUACUGAAAAUAAAAAACGAUAUUACACAUUUAUAGCUUUUGACUCCACCAGAAGUCUGAUGAAGCCAAACAGCAACAUAAAUUUCAAAAUUUUCGUUUCAUUACAAAGAACUUAUUUUAUUUUAAUUAUUUUAGUUAUAAAAGAUUGAGACUCAUGAAACGCGAAAAAGACUAAUUGAUUUCCGAAAAAGACUACACUAUUUCCAACAACUUAUAGUGCAGGUUUCCUAGAUGUUUUUAUUUCACUUACACAACGCUAACCACUAACCAGAUAUCACUAGUGAUUUUGACUCUCGCUAGUGAGUUGUGCUUGGUUGAAAACAAAUGGUUUACAAUGAACUAAGUUGUGAUAAUUACCUCUUAAAACAGACUAAUCAAUGAAAAUUGAAUUUGGCGAGUCUUAUUCCUCGAAGACAGAGAAAACAAAAUUUAGUAGAGUAUGUGCUAUUAUUUUGUGCUUCAUAGAUUUUUAUAAGUGAAAUCAAGUGAAGUCGCUUUACAAUUCCAUUCAUUUAAUCCAUAUUUUACUAUACUGACUCCUAGAAAAUGGUUUCAUAUAUAUUAUCAAGUAAAUCAAUUCAGAUAUUGUAAUAAUUUAUGUCAUGAAAUAAUCCCUAAUAUUUUUAUUUGGAAAUGUUUUGUUAGAGAGAUGAGAAUUUCGUAAUUUACCAGUACAUAGUGAUAUGUAUAAUCAGACAGCUUGUUUCGAUCUCUUAUAGGUAGGUGUGUGCACACGGAGAACGGAGAACUCUCUUAAGUGGAUACAUAUAUUUAUACAUAUACAGAGGCUGGUGAAAAUUAUGGAGACAGCUCAAUAUUUCUUUUACAAGGUGAUUUUGUGGAUAGGUCUGAUUGGGGAUCCUAUUCGAAUUAGAAAAACCACUUUUUUGCCGCUUCAAAUUCAUGAGCCGACAUUUUGGAUCCAACUUAAUUUUUUUAAAUGGGAAGGUAGUCACAUGAUACACGAUUUAGAUACAGAAUUUCAAGAAAAAAUUAUUGGUGAAAACCGCAAAUCGAUAUCUCAAACCGUUUCAGAGUUAUUCACAUUCAAAGACUAAUAAAUCAUACAAUAAUAAUAUAAAUGAGUACAUUGAAAAUCUGAAAAAAAAUCGACACUAUCAAAUUUCACUUUCUUAAGUGUAAGUAAACACUUAUAGUAACAUUACAGUUGUGUUGUGUUUUCACUCAUAGUAUAUCAUCUACUCACAUGUCUUACAUUUUGAACGGAAAAGUUUUGAUCAAUGUACUCAUUUAUUUCAUUUUUGUAUGAUUUAUCAAUAUCUUUAAAUGUGAAUAACUCACAAUGAAAUGUGUGUGAUUUUCGCAAUUUAUUUUCUCUUGAAAAUCUGUAUUGAAAUCAUGUAUCCUAUUCCCACAUUUGAAAGUGAUCAUAGCAAAUAAUAAUUCCAACUUGUUUUUCCAAUUGUGCUUUUGGCGACACUGGAGUAGAAAUUAUGUUGUAGAUUGAUGUGUCCAUUUUCGGGCGACGUUGGCACAUUACUUCUUUUCUUCAUAGAAUGCUGGCGAUAGUAAUCAUCAACGGUAAUAAUAAUAAUAAUAUCGAGUGACCUGGCUGGCUCAGGUCUGGUGUCAGAGUUUUCAGGUAGCAACUGAUCAAUUUCAGGGCCUCUGACAUGACCUAACGACUGCUUUUUAGGCAGCCGGGACCGACGGCUUAACGUGUCCAUCCGAAACACGGGAGUGGUCCGAGAUAAAUAUCAACGGUAAUAAUUCUAUUGCUGAUAAAAUGAAGUCAGCUAUAAAAUUUCAAAUAAUUUUAAUAGCUAAAAAAAACUUGAAAGUUUACACUGCUUGAUAAUUGUAAAAAAAUAUAAACUUACUAAUAAUCUAUACAGAUACAAAACUAGUUUUUAUACUAAUAUGUAAUCAUCCAUAAUUGUUGUCGUUGUUCUUAUAAAAUCUUUUGAAAAGAAAAAAUACGAACAACUGGCAAUAGUUAUACAUUUAAUACAGUAGGAACAAGUUUUACUUAAAUUGAAAAGAGCUUAUUAACUCAUCUAAUCAUAGAAUUUUUCUUACUACACUUUCUUGUUGGCCGAAAAUGACUGAUUUCAAGUUGCUGGGACUAACUGCCACUGUCGCUUGGUUGGUGGUUGUCCGGAUCAGUUGUGCGUCUUCAGUUCUCUUCCACUGGCCCAGCCUCGACUUACUCUGCUCAGGUUCUGCAUUUUCGUUGGGCAAAAGCAGGUCACUGACUGCCGUCGAUGAAGAGGCAUGUGAUUGGGUGCGGUUGAGUUGAGCAGCGUCAGCAUUCUUAGACGCGGCUGUUCUUCUCGACUUGGUCCAACUCGGCUCGUCGUGGCCAUCUAACUGUGAGCUGGGUCCCCGGCUCAGUGAGCUCUGAGGCAGUUUAGAACAAUUCAUGGCAAAGUCUAGAAGAGUUUCUGCAGCUUUCGUAUCAGAAGCGCUAGAGCUUUCGACCUCUCUAUGUCUCCUAUUCGAACUUGUUUGUGGAUUUGCUUUCAAGGGCUCAGUUCUCUUUCCAACUGAUUCAUUGACUGCUUCUACGCUUAGAAUUAAAGCUUUUUGUUGUGCAGAUCUUCUUAACGUAUGUAAUUUUAUUUGCUGCACGUAGGUUUGUUUCUGAUGAAGUUCUUCAUGAUGCAUUUUUAGCUCUUGUCGUCGCUUCAUCUUUUGAAAAUCUUCAUUGAUCAAUUUUUUUCUCCUUUCUUCCUGUGACAAUUUCUUUUUUCUAUUUCUUCUUCACGGGCAAACUCUCUUCUCUUCGACAGUUCUUAUCUAUGUUUCUUCUUUGUCAAUGAAUUAUCGUCUUUAUUUUGUUCUCGUUGUAGCUGUUUUUCUUUGAAGAGUUUGAAUUUCCUCUCAUUCUCAAUCUGUCGCUGCUUCUCUUCUAGUUCUUUUUUAGUUUCAGUCUCGAAGCCUUCAAGUCUUCCAAAUGCUUCUCUAAUUUUGUUUAUCUUGCAAAUUUGUGGACUGAGCACAUUCCGGAUGGGGUGAGUGAUUUUCCUUACUUCCGGUAUGACUUCGUUUUCAAUCGAAUCACUAGUGAGUUUUCUCCGCUUUUUUAGAGGAAGGGUAGGCUACAGUCUUGUUUUUGUAUUUUGUAAACUCUGGUAGUUCCUCUAUAGAGUCACUAUCAUUGACGGUACUUCUUGUGUUAUCAGUUAGGCUAAUAUCUUCAUCGUCAUCAUAUUUUCUAAACUUGAUACCAUGCAACAGUUUGUACUGGACUUCCGGUUCUUUAUUGGUGUCCGGUCUUGAUGGUGGGGGGAUUGAGCUGUGCUCGACAAGUAUCUUGUUGAAGUUGGCUAUGAGAAUGGUGAAGUUGUUGCAGCACUGGAUGGUGGGACAGCGACUGCGCUGGUGAGCGAACAGGGUGGCUAGGGUGAGUUGAACCGCUGGAACUCUGAACGCCUGACCGCUCUCUGUGUGCACACACUAAGUUGACACUUACAAAAUUCGAUAAUGUCCGUACAUCUAGACUGAGCACGAGCCCUUCUAAUAGUAAAAUUAUGUGAAUUCAGAAAACCUUGUUCAAAUAAGUUGUUAAAGUCUUUGUGGAACAAAUGUUUCUUUUUUAAUAAAAAUAAUAUUUUGCAUUAUGAUCAUUCAAUACUCAGCUCUUUUCACGUUUCGUAAUAGAAGGAUUACGUAAUCAUCUCAAGUGAAGAGUAAGUAAGUAGACUCUACUUCCGACUAAUGAAGCAUUUCCACAUACCUGAACAGAACCCUCAUUUUAUAGUUAUUUUAAAAACGUAAAACAGUUCAUGGCUGUAUGUAUAUCUACAAGACACUAUAUAUUUUUAGAAAUACUGAUUACAAAGAGUGAUCUUGGGAAAUGUUGAUCGUUUUUAAAUUCGUGUAACUAAAGUCAUCAAGGAGAGAAAAUUGUUGAAAACUGAAGGAAAAUAUUAUAAUGUGGAACGUCUUCAUACUUGAGAUAAAUUGAUUGUGUUGUCAAUUCCACUAUAUUGAGCGGAAUUAUCUUUGUUAUCAAGAUUUAUUACUCAGCUUAUUUUUUAUUUUAAUGGAAGAGAAUACGUCAUGGAUAAAAUGGAUCAGUUCAUUGUUCCCCAACCAUAAAGUAUUCUCAAUUCCUCAAUUAAUUUUAGUAAAUUCCGUGACAUCACACUCAAAAGGUUUAUUAUUUUUAAGAAAUCUCCAGAUUAUAUAUUUUUAUAAAUUAUUAUUGGAAAAUAAAUCUGUUUUCCCCGAUAACAUUCUAUUAGACGAUUAGUGAUAAGACUUAAACGAAUAGGAUAUUCAAAAUAUUUAUUGAUAUGUAGUAAUCAAAUUAUCUAGAUGAUAUCGAUAGGUAGGGCUUUUUAAUUUUUGUGUCAUGCAGAACACUUCUUUUGUUUAGAAACCACUAUUGAAUGAAACAUGAAAUAGACGUUUCAAAUAAAUAGCAGAUCAUAAAAAGAUUAUUGUACUUAAUCCAACAGAUACUUUCAAUACCGAACAUUAUAUUAUUUAGCAUCACCAACUGUUCAAAAUCUUUUCCCUCUUAACACCUUUUAUUGAGGUACACAUCUUCCAUUUUAGCUUUUUUGGCAGAUCGAUUUUUCAUUUUAUUAAACUGAUUGAUUUUCUGUAUUCGGUUGGAUGUUUAGGUUAGCCAUGUCAUUCUUAGUUAUAAAAAUUCAUUUUGUUUGACAUGAGGUUACUUAUAAUUUUAAUGACUGUCUUCCCAUUUAUUCAUUAUAUUCUUUUAUUAUUUUCCUAAUGUACAUCUAACAAAAGUUUUUUAUACAUCGCAGUACUUUACAUUAAUUAAUGUUGUAAAAUUAAUUUACUCUUUAGUGAGAAUCUUGGUUGAAUUUACGAUCUGUUGUUUCAAAAUAGAUAUAAUUUGAAGAAUGUUUGUUCAGCCUUUACUAUAUGUUUAUAAGACACCAAUAAUUUUUAUCAGAUCCGAUAAACUGUCUGACUCUUGAUUAUUAUAUUGAUGUUUUUUAAGAAUUAUUAUUUUGAUUGUCUUUUUUGACAUUUAAAAUACACUUUGCGGACAUGUUUGAUACUUCCAAUAUUGCCUGUUUUCAAUUAAUUACUUUCUCUUCUACAAUCUCAUUUUAUGAUUGUUGCCAAUUUUUAUUAUGUUAAUUUUAAACGUUAUUCUUCCACAAUACGUCACACUUGUCAAACGGAUGAAUUAUACAUUGACAACACUUAGGUUGUAGGUUUGUUAUUAGUUUAAUUUUUAAUCUAUUAAAGUUUCAUAACUGACAUCUUGUAUUUUGGUUUAGAUAAAUAACAUUUCAUUAUUUUUUCGAAUUCUUCCGAAUUGAAAUACAAUGAAAUUAAUGCA